GAAUGCAAAUGUCGCAAGGGUUAAUGCUCAGACUACGCAGAACACUCAGUGUGCGUGCGCUGUUUUUGGAUAAUAACUUAUUUUUAGGAAGUUGUUUUUGGGAAGGCUAACUGUUGUUGGUAGGAAGAGUUCGUAAGCCAGGGCUUAUUGUGUAUUGGUACCCGCACUUAGUACCAUGGCUCCUGAUCAGGUGUUGCGUUUUGGGUUUCUUACUUUGUUGAUAGUUUUUGGGAAGGCGUUGGCAGAUGAUAACAUCAAACUGGAUUCUAAAACAUCGUCCGAUGAGAGAAACUUAACAGCCCUCUGCUUGGUAAAGUUUGAGACAGGUAACUGUCGUGCAUCUCUUACCAAAUGGUGGUAUGUUGCUGAAAAUCAAACCUGUGCAGAAUUCAUUUAUGGAGGAUGUGGAGGGAACAGCAAUAAUUAUGAUGAUGAACAGAAAUGUUUGGAAAGUUGUCAGGGUGUCUCAGGAUCAGGGAAAUUAAAUGAUGCUUCAGGUAUUUCUAAGCGCAUGACCAACUUGAAAGCUGCCCAAAAGUCCGAUGGUAUCCUUGAAGAUGAUGAUCUUGAAGCACUUUCUCCUGAGCCCCUUAAAAAUGCGGAAGGUGACCAGUUUGACUACCAAGAAAGUUGUGCUGCAGCAAAGGUUGUUGGCCCAUGCCGAGCUUCUAUGCCUCGCUGGUAUUUUAAUGCUGAAACCCAUGAUUGUGAACCAUUCAUUUAUGGAGGCUGCCAGGGAAACAAAAAUAAUUACAUGUCGAAAGAGCUUUGUAUGGAGAAGUGUUCAGAAGCUGAAAACACCAGCUUUGAUCCAUUAUCCUUUCAGUUUUUCCAUCACUCAAGAACAACAAUAAUAUUGGCAGGCGUAUUGGGUGUUCUUGCUCUGAUAUUGAUUACUGGCAUGGUGUGCUUCUUCAUCAGGCUGGCUAAGAAGAAUCGGACUACUACUGUGGCUACCAUCUGGUCUCCUCCUAAUGAUAAAGAGUGCCUUAUGAAUAGUGCCUACACUCUCUAAAGAGAAAAUGAAGAACAACUUUUUUAGCUUGACUGUAUCCUAGGCCAUAAGACAUGUAGAUCCUAAUAUUUUCUAGGGGAAAGAGUAGUAUAAUGGAGAAUAAAAUUAUUCAAGCAAAAGGGAGGAUGUAAAAAUACCAAAGGCAUGAAUUAAUAGAAAAAUGAGUCUGCGUUUGCUUGUUUUCUUUGGUACCCACUAAUUUUGGCAUUGGAAAAUGUUUUUACUGAAGUGAUUUCUGGUUAGUACUGCUGUUUUCUCAACUUUGGUGGAGAUGUGUUUGAAAACAAAAUGUUGGCAUCCAACUUCCCAAAUUGGAAAAGGCAUUAUUUAUGUGCAAGAGUUUGUGCUUCUAUUUACCCUACUAAUGAAAUUACAUAACUGAACAAUAUGAAAUGCAUUGGUUCUCAGACAAUACUUGUAAGGGAUGUCAGCUGUGAUAUAUCAAGCUUAUACUGUAAGCCCUGAGUGGCAUUUGGAGUUGAGAAGAUAUAAGGGUAAACUGAGAGUCGAUAGUGAAACACUAAUCUUUGUCUAGCAGGACUCUACAGAUUGAGGGCUGAUGACUAUAGUUCUGUUGUAAAGUUUUUCCCUUACUGAAUGCUGAAGUUUGAUUUCUGUUUUAAUGGUUAUACAGCCCUUUCUGCACUGUGUGUGUGUGUGUAAUGUCUUCCUUGCACCCACUUUAUAUAAGUACCAAAAUCAUAAGCUUCUGCAGUCUGAGCUUGAAUUUCUUUAGCCCAUAUGCACUGUAUUCUGCACUGGAGCCAAGUCGGUGUACUUGUGUGUGCUCAGCCAGUCAGUUUAGAUUCCAUAAAAUACAACACCUGUAAUUUAUAUGGUCACUGUUACAUUUUUUAAGUUGUGUACCUGUGGUUGACCAAUCCUGGCUCACAACUGUAGCAGGUUGUUGCCUUUAUUUGCAUGGUACUUGGAACAUUACGUUGGUUGUCAGCUAUUCUCGCACUUCAGUCCGGAUUCAAAUGGCAUUGAAGAGACAAAUUUAAGGACUUGCACUUAUCAAAACAAACUCUAAUCUUGAAAUUGUACGGGUUUUAUGCAUUUUAAAUUUUCUUUUGCCUGACUUUUUCAGUAAACAUGACUGACAAUUACUGAAGUACUACCUAGAGGGCUUGUCCAGAGAUGCCAUGUAGAUGCAUAUGGCAGAAAUUGACGUUCCUGAAAACAAAGUCUUUGACCAACCUUGGCUCUGCUUCAAAGAUUACAGUGCCCACUGUGUAUUACUCUUUCAGUGCACUUUUGAUUUCUAACAAGAUGUCAUCCUUCUGUUCCUCAUCUUUGGAUGGCAUCAGGAACCGUUGGAGGUGCGCACUCUGCAGUCUUGAGUGAGACCUGAAGUGGGGAUAUUGCAUGUUCUCACAAGCUGGUACCACCAACUCCCCGGGGCCAGUUUCUGGGUCUGAAUUAUUGUUUUAGGGGAUCAGUGCCACAGCUGAGUGGUUGGUUGGCCACUUGCCAGAAAGUUGAAAUGGAAAUUAUAUUCCCACUUGUGGGCCCUCAGCUUAUUGCAUACUGUUGCUCAACGUAGAUGAGAACAUCUUCAGCUAAUGUAGAGAAAAUUGCGUUUGUGCAUGUGAGUUUUUCUGUGACUUCAGUUCCUUGUACUUCUGCUAGAGUGUACCUCAUAUCUUGCAUUUGGCAAACAUAAUCUGUCAGCUGAAAGUGUGUCCUGUUUUGUUCGUGUGUAUAUUGUCACUAGCCAAAGGAGGGCUUGUCAGUCUUGUCCCAAAGUCAUCUGGACUAGAGUCCUUUUCUGUUUUCCUCCUAGCUCUUCUCCCAAGGGUGGUCUUGUUGAAGAAGCCCUUGGGCUCAUGAAAUUCACUGUGGAAUGACCAUGUGAGCUUUCACCUUCCAUCAGAAGCCUCUUAAUACCUAUGUUGAGAAAAAAGAAGAGGAGAAUUUUGUCAUGUGUGGCCUUUUACUUUGUUGUAUCUUGAUAGCAGACCUUCCUGUGAUUAAAUGUUUAAGUUUGUAAUUUGUAUAUUUGUCCAUUUGUGUUCUUUGUAUAGUCAGGUGUGGGGAAAGAACUGGAAUCCCGGGUGCAUGUCCACUCCUAGCAGAACAUUGCAGGGAUGUUAACAUGUCUGAGGCAAAGGCAGUAUGUGCACUCCCAGCAUGAGAACUUCAAAUUUUAGAGGAAAAGAAAACUUGAGGGAAAUAUCCCCAAGUGUUCUGUGAGCUACGGAGAUCAAAAGGUACUGUGCAGAUACUUGUGUAUGUUUAUCAGUGCAGCAACAUUCGUCUUAAGCAUCCAUUUUAUUAGGUAAUUAAUUAGUAAUUAAUAGCUACAUAUAUAAGUUUCAGGUUAAUAUGAUUUACUGUGUUUUUAGGGGGAAAUACUUGAAUUUUAAAUGAAAAUACUAAUCUUGAGAUUCUGUGGGUUGUAUGAAUUUUAAAGGUUUUAUUUUUCUGGUACCUGACUUUCAAUAAAUUUUGUUUUUGACAGACCA